AUGUCGUCCGAAUCCACCGCUGCACAGGAACCUGCAGCGGAGAACGCCGUCUCGCCAACGGCCGCUUCACCCACGUCCACGGUCCAAGCCCUCCCGUCCAGCUCACCGGCCGAGAGCUCUUAUGUGCAGAUCACGAAAGAUUUCGGGUUUCUGCCCAUCCCCCGCCACUUGCGCCACGAUCCCGAGCACCCUGCCCAUUUCGGGCUCCUCUUGAACGCGACCUUUGGCCUCGCGAGCACCUUCCUCGUUGCGAACAUCUGGUGGUGCCAGCCCAUCCUCAUCCAGCUCUCGCACUCGUUCAAUGUCACCUACGACGAGGUCUCGCAAAUCCCGACUCUGAUCCAAGCAGGCUACGCCGUCUCCAUGCUCACCAUCUCCAUCCUCGGCGACAUCGUGCGGCGGCGCCCGAUGCUGCUGCUGCUCAUCUUCAUCAGCGGCUCCCUCACGAUCGGGCUCGCGGUCACCAACAGCCUCGUCGCGUUCGAGGUGCUCAGCUUCUUCGUCGGCAUGGCGAGCGUCGCCCCGCAGGUCCUGAUGCCGCUCGCGGCCGACCUCGCCCCGCCCGCGCGGCGCGCGUCCGCGCUCUCGAUCGUGCUCGCCGGCCUGCUCUUCGGCGUGCUCCUCGCGCGCGUCCUCGCGGGCAUCAUCGGCCAGUACGCCCCCUGGCGCGUCGUGUACUACCUCGCCAUCGCCGUGCAGUUCGCCGUGCUCCUCCUCCUCUACGGCGUCCUCCCGGACUACCCCGCGCGCAACAAGGGCGCGACCUACCUCGGGAUCCUCGCCAGCCUGCUCAGGUUCCUCGCCACCGAGCCGCUGCUCGUGCAGGCCACGCUCUGCAACUUCCUCGCGAGCGCGUGCUUCAGCAAUUUCUGGGUCACGCUGACAUUCCUGCUCGGCGGGCCCCCCUACCACUACUCCACGCUCGUGAUCGGGCUCUUCGGGCUGGUGGGCAUGUUCGGCGUAGCGAUGGCGCCCGUGAUCGGGCGGCUCAUCGACGGGCUCAUCCCGUGGUUCGCCGCCUUCGUCGCGGUGCUCGCUUUGCUCGUCUUCCAGGCGCUCGCCGUCGGCGCGGACGGCGUGCACAUCGCCGCGGUCGUCCUCGUCUGCUUCGGGAUCGACGUCUUCCGCCAGAUGAACCAGGUCGCGCUCACGAGCGCCGUGUUCGGGCUCGACCCCAACGCGCGCUCGCGGCUCAACGCCGUCCUCAUCAUCGCCUUUUUUCUGGGGAUGGUGAUGGGCACGUCGGUCGGCACGCGCGUGUUCAACGAGUAUGGAUGGCGCCCCGCCGCCGCGCUCUCGCUCGGCUGGACGGGCCUCAUGCUCGUCGUGAUGCUCCUCCGGGGCCCGCACGUCCCGCGGCACACGUGGUUCGGGUACGCGGGCGGCUUCGAGGUGCGCAAGCGCAUGCUCGCGCGCCGCGCGGAGGAGGAGGAAGGGGCGGGUGCGGACGGGGAGGAGCGCGAGAAGGGGAGCCCCCGCGGGAGCGUCGAGGGGGUCCCGGAGGAGGUGGCGGACGACGGCGUCGAGGAGGUUGGGCGCGAGAAGGACCCCGCCGCGCGGAUGGUCUGA